AUGAACGUAAAGAAGGGAAGCUAUUUUGAGGCCCACCCUCGUCCAAAGACGGACCCUCGCCCAAAGGCCACCUCCCGUUCGCCCUCUCAUAACAGCCCUCCAUCUCCAUCUUCGUGGCGUCUAGAAGACCUCACAGAGCCAAAGGACCAUACGCCCACCUUGUAUACGUUCCCGACGUCAGACAAUUUCCUCGAGAAACAUACGCGCUCCCGAACAAGGACGGGUCCUUCCACCCGGUCCUCCCAUGCCGACUCGUCCAUCCCACCCCUACGAUUCUCCGGCGCUUCCAGCCUGCUCGAUACACCUCCGCAGACACCUAUCGAUAGCUCGUCAAUACGGCAAUAUUCGUUCGAUCAUUUUCCAGCUGUUGUGAGUGCUCCAGUCGCGGGUGUAGAGGCCAUGGACGCGAUGGUGGAUGGAAUGAAUGGUGUAUUCUCAGCAGAAAGCUGUUUCUCUCGUAGCUACUUGGGUUCUCGGCUCGGUGCUCCUAGUCACCACCCCGCAUAUCACCCUCCGCUGCCCACACCUCCCCCCGGGAUUGUCCUAGGCAAGGGCAAAGGCCGUCGAGAAGACUCUGACGAGGAUGACGAUGACGAUACUCCUCGCAGACCUUCUCGUGGUUCCUCGCGGAAGAUCUACCAACGAUCAGCGAAAAAGAUGCCCGCAUACGGUCAUGCACAUGCGUCUAUCACUGAACCGCGGACCCGUGAACGGCAUAAGCGUUCUACCGAUUCAGACGUACAUUCAGUUGCUCCUUCGCAGCAUAGUAGCAGGAGCAACCGGAGUGUUGUUCCUUCGAUAUCUGAGAUUGUUCGAGCCCAUGCACCACCUAGCCAAUGGUCACACUCAUCCACCACUCGUUCAGACCAUCAACAUUUCUCCAGGUCUCCCCCUUCUGUUGUAGAGGACGAUGAGUCAGAGCCCGAGCCCCUGACUCCAGGCGAGGAAGCGGAGAUGCUCACUCGGUCAUCUAUUGACAGCAUAGCUGACGAAGUCCGUCGAUCGCUUCGCUCACACAAGCGCUCACAAAACUUCAACUCCCCUCGCGAUCGCUCGUUCCCCGACCCUCCUUCACUCCAAACUACUCCCGAGGACUCGACUUCCCGACCUUAUGGUUCUGGUGCUGUCAUGGAUGAUUACUCACAGGGGAGCUCUACGGCUUCACUCAGGACGUCAUUGCACUCUACCGAGGCCCCCAAAGAAAAUCCAGUCGAUGCCUCUCAGGCUAUAGCAGAGUAUCUGCGUUCGCCACGUCUCACCACCAUCCUCAAACUGCAUAGAGGUCCCCAUGCUUCGCCAGAUCACCCUCUACAAGUCAGUUUGUCUGAUAUGGGUGACCCCAAUGGCUUUCCGGUCGUUGUCUUCCUAGGCCUAGGCUGCGUGAGGCAUGUUACUGGUUUAUACGACGAGAUGGCCGAUUGCCUGGGACUUCGCCUUAUCGCCAUUGAUAGGUGGGGAUUGGGUCGAACUGACGUACCUUCUUUGAGAUCGUCCAGAGGAGUACCAGAAUGGGCGUCGGCAGUUGAAGAAGUUCUUGACAUUCUCGGUAUAUACGACUGCAGCAUCAUGGCUCAUUCGGCUGGAGCGCCCUACGCACUCUCCUUCGCAAAUCGUGUCCCUGAGCGUAUUCGUGGAGACAUUUGUCUGUUGGCCCCCUGGGUGGGUGGCGGUGAAGGUGGUUAUAAGUGGUUGAAAUAUGUGCCCAAUGGUAUAUUGAAGACCGCUCAGGCCGCGGAGUGGAAGAUUCAGGCUUGGAUGAUCGGCAAGCCUCCUACUAUUGCGUAUAACAAAGGCAUUGGCUACACAGUCAGAAAGUCACCGACGACGCAACCCUCAAAGUCGGCGAAAGACCCGCCGUCCCUGCAUCGUGAUAUGAGCUAUGGGAAUAAUGAACAGGAUUCUGAUGAUAUCAAGCCACGGGUCAGUACCUCGAGCGCAUUCAGUGACUACGAUGAUCUUCGUGACUUUGACGGUCGCUUUGGGAGCCAGAGUACGUUAGGUGCUUGUCCUCCGAAACAGCCCAAACCGAAACGUAGCUUCUUGGGCAAAUUGAAGGUCUGCAAGUCUCCUGGAAAGCCGCCUUCCCAGCCAUCUUCGCCCGCACUGGAGUCGCCCCCUCCUACUGUCGGCAGAAAGUUAAAAAACCUGCGAUCAAUGGGGUCUCUAAAGUCAAAGGCAUCUUCAUCCUCGGCACCAGGAACUAUGAAAAAGGCGGAUCUUGUUAGCCCCCUGCUUCCUCAGCCUAGCGCUUUCGACGGACUAGGUCUCGGCGAAAUCGACUGGGAACCUAACAAGGCCGACAAAUCCGCGGUGGCGUUCCCCUCAUUAAACCACACCAAGUCAGACAAAGUAAUUGAGCACCGACCGCCAAAUAACCCUCGGGAUGGUGGUCGCAGGUCUGUAUCUUUCAGCGCCGCUAGCUCGCGUAAAUAUUCCCAGUCGAUGAGUCUCCCCGCCUCCCCGCCUCCAAGCACAUUCUCUUCGCCCUCUAUCAGCCCACCUAUACCAUCGAUAUCAUUCCAGGCCGCCCUUGGAAGCGCUCUCAUUGCGGCAUCUCAUGCAGAGGCCUCCAAAGGAACGCACAGCGAUCUUCUGCAGGUGCUCAACCACGACAACCGACCGUGGGGGUUCUCGUACACCGACUAUCCUCACCACGUUCAUAUGUGGUACGGUGACCGGGACGAGAAGAUCGCGGAAAACGCGGUGCGGUGGAUGGAGCGCACCAUGACGGCCGAGCGGUGCUCCGUCAAGGUCGUCAAGGGCGCAGACCACUCUCUGAUGUACAAAAGCUCGGUCGUCGUCGAGGUACUGGAACGCAUCAGGGAGUUCUGGUAA